AUGGACGUCCCCCUCUUUGGCGAUGCCCCCAACAAGCGCAGGCGCGAGAUAAACCUCGGCGGCAACCACACCUUCUCCACCUCGUACAACGACAUCCUCUCCGAAGCCAAGCAGAGACGACUCCAACGCAAUGACCUCAAGCGUCGCCAGGACGCGGCCAUCCGCAUCCAACACGCUUGGCACGGUCACCUUGCCCUCACCAACGUCAGGCAGGCUCUCCGCGCCACAUUCGAGCACGAUGUCACCACCCUUACCGCCCUCCGAUGUCUCGUCCUUCUUGGCCAGGAUGAGGAUGCGCUGGGCAGAUGGUCCAAGGACGUCUCAACUUCAAGACGAGACAUCCUGCUGCAGUCCGAUCCAAGCCACACGGUGCUGCUUCAGCGCGUAAGCCGCCUCCUCCUCCAUUCCCUCUCUUCGAACGCUAGAUCACCCCAUGCAUCCGCACACAUGGAUGCGCUUACCAUCCUCCUCUCCGAGAACCCUCACCGCGCCACCAUAUCGCAAUAUCUCAUCUCCCACGGUUUCUAUCCCUUGCUUCGACAAGCGGUCCUUCAACUGACUGAGAGUGUUCAGCCCGUCUCCGCGUCGACACUUGCACCGCUCACCCAACUCCUCGCCACCCCCUUCGCGUUCGACAACUUGCUCCCGGAUGUCCUCUCCGGGCUCAUCCUUCACAUUCUCACUAUACCACUCCUACCGAAUCGCCUCCUUCCAGCGCUUGGGCCGUUUUCUGCCCGCCUCCCGCUUGCAUCCCUCCACCUCUUGUCCCCCGACAUCAUCACCCACUAUGCACUCUCUUCCGCCGAGUCCAAGGUGCACCUCCUCGCGAAUCUCGCGGCUUUCAUGCCUCCCAGAUAUGCGUCCCUACCGACACCCGCAUUUGCGACCUACCUCCAGCUAACUGCGUUACUCAUGAACGCGCUUCCGACUCUUGCUCUGGAACCUCCAGAGAACAAGACCAAUACAACACGCAACUGGGGAGACGAAGACGAGGACGAGGAGCCAGACACGCAGGUGGAAGUUGUUGCAUCGUUUCAGCCGAAGGUGGAACUGCCGCAGCUCGACGAGAAGACCCGCAAGAGGCUCCAGACGCUUCCGUCGCCCGAUCACAUCACUACGAUCCUGCGCGCGUCAGAUAAGCCAGGCCUACUACAACCUAUCGUUGAGUUCUGCUUUGCGCUGAGCACGGUGUGGCCGACGCGGCGGGACAAGGUGCUGAACACGAUGGUGGCGUGCAGUCGCGGGGCACUCGUGCGCGACAUUUACCGGCAGUUUGUCCGGAGCACGCCCCUGGGACGGGAUGAGACCUAUGCCGAGGUUUCGAGGCCAGAAUAUGCGUCACACUGGCCGCCACUCCUGCUCCUCGCCGACCUCUACACCCAAGCCCUCCUCACGAUGACCGACGAUGAGUUCUUCGGCUCGACGACGUCCAACCCGGACGUUCCUCGGAACCCGCUAUCCCUCGACGAACUCGCAGCUUUGGCACGCACGCUGCUAAACAUCGCCUUCGCACUGUACUGGCGCGAAGACCCCGACGCGAUGCAGGAGACCGUCCCAGGGCUCGGCCAGGUCCGCUGGGCGCACGUCCGGGAGAACGCGACCAAGGCCCUCCAGGCGCUGCACGCGCGCGACUCGCGCCGGCCGUUCGCGGGCGCCGGGCAGUGGCUCGUCUCCGCGCACGUCGAUAUGAACACGUUCAUCCAGGCCGCGAUCGUCGAGGAGCGCCAGCUCGCGCAAGGUGAAGACGGUGCGAUCGGGGGCGGAGUGGGCGCGCGCGCGCUGAGCAAGCGGCAGAUCGCGUACCUCUCGCCGCGCCUCGGCGUGCUGAACAACAUCCCGUUCGCGAUCCCGUUCGACGUCCGCGUGGGGAUCUUCAGGCGGUUCGUGAUCAACGACAUGGAGCGCAGGGGCUUCACGCAGUGGCGCGGGCGGAUGGGGACGACGCGGGUGACGAUUCGGAGGACGCAUAUUGCGCAGGACGGGUUCGAUCGGUUGGGGGAUGUAGACCUCAAGAGCCCAAUUGCGAUCACGUUUGUGGAUCAAUUUGGGCAGGAGGAGGCGGGGAUUGAUGGUGGUGGGGUUUUUAAGGAGUUUUUGACCAGUCUAGGGAGGGAAGUCUUCGACUCGGACCGCGGGCUGUGGUUGCCGAACAAGAAGAACGAGCUGUACCCAGCGCCGCAUUCGUUCGCGACAGAACCUCACAGCCUGGCGUGGUACCGAUUCAUUGGCCGGAUACUGGGAAAGGCGCUUUACGAGGGCAUUCUCAUCGACGUGGCGUUUGCGGGGUUCUUCCUGGCGAAGUGGCUCGGGAAGCAAAGUUGGCUCGAUGACCUUGUUUCUCUCGACCCUGAGCUCUAUCAAGGCUUGCUCUUCCUCAAGCAUUACAAAGGAAACCCCGAAGAGCUCUCAUUAAACUUCACGGUCGCCGAGGACGAGUUCGGGGUCGCAAAAACGAUCGAUCUCAUCCCGAACGGGAGCAACGUCGCCGUAUCGCGCGAGAACCGGCUGCAGUACAUCUACCUCAUCGCGCAUUACCGACUCACGAAGCAGAUCAAGCGCCAGAGCGACGCGUUCUUCGAGGGCCUGUCGGAGAUCAUCGACCCUAAGUGGCUACGGAUGUUCAAUCAGCAGGAGUUGCAGAUCCUGCUUGGCGGCGUUAACUCCCCGAUCGACCUCGACGACCUCCGCGCGCACACGCAGUACGGAGGGCUGUACUCGGACCACGAGCCGACGAUCGAGCUCUUCUGGCAGGUCGUCAACACGCUCACCCAGGAGGAACGCCGGAAGCUCCUCCGGUUCGCGACGAGCUGCAGCCGUCCGCCUUUGUUGGGUUUCAAGGAGCUCAACCCGAACUUCGCGAUUCGGGACGCGUCGGCCGACCAGACCCGGCUGCCGACGGCGAGUACGUGCGUGAACUUACUUAAGCUUCCAAGGUACAGGGACGCGGCCGUGCUCCGGGAGAAGCUCGUUCAGGCGAUCAACUCGAACGCGGGCUUCGACUUGUCAUAA